CAAGAAUCUUGUUACUCUCCUUUCCUCAAUCUGAUUUUCGAACUCGAUUUUCCCAAAAGUUGUAAUCAACAUAUUACAUGAGCAACAUGGCGCCUCUCCCAGUCUCUCCUUGUGGCCAACAGGGGUAUUGGCGCCAACGGGCUGGCCAGCUAGUACAAGGAGUCGUCUUCGGCGCCAUUCUUGGUGCAACGAUGGCAGUAUCACGUCGUGUUGUACAAGGAGGUUCUCUUCACGGAUUGAAGCAGGAGGCUGCGGGCGCCGGUGCCUUCAUGGGAUGCGUCAUUGGGGUCGGAGGCUUGUUUCGACACUAAACAAGACAAACUUGAAGACACGACUUCGCAAACUGGUGAUGAUCUAGAUCGCCGUGUAAAAAAAGUUAUUCUUCUAAUAGUUCUUCCACAUCAGAAGUAAAGCGCUGGGCCUAAGUGCUCCUCGUGUAAUAUUACACAUGAUGAUGCCACCAACUUUGCUACAACAAUCUUCCAAGAAGUUUUCCUUCAUUCGGGUGCAGCCACUGCGUGGUGGAACAGAUUGCUCCUGUGUCUCGUCCACGUACAGAAGGACCUCGAGGCCCUUUUCGACUUCAAGCUUCUGCCCAAGCUUACCAAGUAGACCUGCUAUUUCUACUAGUACAACUAUGGGAGGAAAAAGAAGUCCGCUACUAGGCGUACAAUGGCAAGACAAAUACGACAAACUGUUGCUUGAGGUACUAGAACAAGGCGAGAAAGAUGAAGGGGAAAUGUCAUCAAGCAGCUUCAUCUCUUCAGCUGGAAGCAGAUCAGAUGGCCCCAAGGACGUGGAGAUACCGACCGGAUCUGGUUCGACAAAUUCUACAACUUUCCUUCACCGUAUCCUCCAGCGUGCCCGGAUAGUCCAAAAGCAGCGUCAGAAGCGGUUCCACAUUGAUCAAGAUUGCCUAAAACGUGGCUCCAAUGCUGUUCUACAGGCUCGAAAGGUCAUUUACUUGGCAAUCCCUGAAAACGCUAAGAUCGGAACGCCCAGUGAUCGCGUCUAUUUGCAAGCUAGUCGGCAACCAGCGGCCGUGGACUUAGUGGCGCAAUUGGCCAGGGCUAGACUUCAAAGCGGUGGUGGGACAAGAAGUAGUGCUACAACGACUCGUUCUUGUUAAGGCUCCUUGUUGCACAGAUCCACCUUGGGAAGGAAGCAUCCUGAUUCAUGGCGUUUGGGAAAACACGUAAAAGAUGCCUUCCAAGAUUGAUUUGUGCUCGUGGGAGGUCUAAUAUUGGUGGCUCAACGUUUUCGGAAAAGGUGGUGGUGAUUUGACAGUGUUGCCUUUGGAAAGUCUAAAAUCUGACACGAUCUUUUUCGGGAACAUCUAUGAAGAAAGAGUGGAAUUCUGGCGGAAAAUACUGGAAGAAGAAUGUUGGAACAACUCGGGAGGUUUGGAAUCAUGAAGACCAAGAUCACAUCUAAUGACGAAAAUUUCGUAAAAAUGACUGUUGACUCGUCGUUGUCUUUCUGCGCGAAAUCAAUAUCCUCUGCAUUUUUUCUGUUCAUCCUUGUAAUGCUUGCCGCCCGCGAGUGUAAGGAGUACCUUUUAGUGAUCCACGCAAAUAUCCAGAU